GAUAGUUCCAGUGGCAUCAAUGUGGUUUCUCUCCCAAUUCAGGGGCUUUCGCAUGGAAUGUGACCCAUAAAACCCCGUCCUCAUCUCCCUCUUCUGAUAUCGACACAAAUCUCUCUCUCUCUCUCUCUCUCUCUCUACCAUGAGGCACAGGCUUAGCGUGCUGUUAGUGUUACUUUGUGCCACCUUGCACACCGUCUCUUCCGUCAUUGACGGUUUAUUGCCAAACGGCAACUUCGAAUAUGGACCAAGGGCAUCACAUCUGAAAGGCACUUUAGUGACGAGCCCCCGUGGGAUUCCCUUUUGGGAAAUAUCAGGCAAUGUGGAGUACAUAAAAUCAGGGCAGAAACAAGGUGACAUGUUGCUAAUAGUCCCCGAGGGUGACCAUGCUGUGCGGCUCGGCAAUGAGGCUUCCAUUAAGCAGAGUGUGACAGUGAUUAAAGGCUUGUUUUACUCUUUGACAUUCAACGCUGCUCGUACGUGCGCGCAGGAGGAAAGCCUCAACGUGUCCGUGAAUCCCACCAUCGAGAAAAACGACUGGGGAAUGCUGCCGAUGCAGACCAUGUACAGUAGCAAUGGCUGGGAUUCCUAUGCAUGGGGUUUCCAAGCGGACAACCCGCAACUGGAGAUUGUGAUCCACCACCCGGGUGUAGAGGAGGAUCCGGCUUGUGGCCCACUUAUCGAUUCGGUUGCAUUAAAGCUUAUCUCCCCUCCUAAACGUACCACAGCCAACCUACUCAAAAAUGGAAAUUUUGAAGAGGGCCCAUAUGUGUUUCCCAAAACAUCAUCGGGGGUCUUAAUCCCACCCAACAUAGAGGACGAUCAUAGCCCUUUACCGGGCUGGAUAAUUGAGUCCCUCAAGGCUGUCAAGUACAUAGAUUCCGAUCACUUUGCCGUUCCUGAGGGAAAGAGAGCGGUUGAACUCGUGGCUGGAAAAGAAAGCGCCCUUGCACAAGUGGUCUACACAAAGCCUGGAAAAGUUUACGUCCUGACCUUUGCUGUGGGUGAUGCUAGCAAUUUAUGUGAAGGUCCCCUGGAGGUAGAGGCAUUUGCGGGCAAGGAAACUGUCAAGGUUUCGUAUGAAUCUAAGGGCAAAGGAGGGCUGAUCAAGCGCGGCACGCUUAGAUUCACGGCCGUGUCGACACGCACACGCAUCAUGUUCUUAAGCUCUUUUUACACCAUGAAAAAUGACAAUUCAGGCUCUUUAUGUGGACCAGUACUAGAUGAUGUGAAGUUGCUUAGUGUUCGGAAGCCACGAAGUGCUUGAUCGCAUUGCAUGCAUUUUAUGCAAAAGGAAUUAUUAAUUUGUGCUUGAGAUGAUCCAUUUAUCUUAUUAUACACUAUAGAUUUCCAUAGGAGAAAGGAAGAGGCCGGUUGGAUGUGGAUUUUGGAAUGACGUUCCGUUUAUGUACUAAAUAUUAUUCUCUAUCAUCAAGUAAAUAAGGUUCUUGGAUUAGAA